CACGGCUGGCCUCGGGUUCCGACACACGGUGAGACGAGCUGCAGGCGCCGAGUACCGAACUCGGGGCUGCCUGGCCCAGCCCCUGAGAGAGCUGUUGGGGAUGUCGCCCGCGAGUUGCGAAGCACAGAGCAAGCAUCACCAGAGCCCAGGGGAGUCGGAGCCACGGGGCUGCGGGAGGUGAAGCGGUAACUCAUUCAUUGCGACUUGGAACCGUUCGUAUGCUACUCCACCGCCGCCCGCUCGGGACCCCCUAAGGUCUGAUUCCGCGGGCGGGAUGGGGUCCGGCUAGCGGACUUGAGGGUCACCACGCUCUUGCUUCCGCCAGGAGGCCCAUCGCGCCCCCACCCACCCUGUGCUUUGGGGCAGCUCCGCUGGAGGAGUCCACGGAGUUAAGCUAAGCCGACCGCGGAGACACUGCGCCCCUCGUGGCGAUGGUGGGAAGGGGAGGGUAUCGUAGCGGGAUUCAAUCGGACUUCCAGUGGCGGCCUGGACCCUGUCCUGCACCCGAGACCCCAGGGUAGAAGCAGGGAUGUGCAUAGCAGACAGGAAAGCGGAACAGCCGGGCUGCUGAGUGGGGCUCGGGCUCCAGCUGAGACAGUUGAUGGCUUUUCUUCGGGCUCCUCUGAGCCGGCUGUGUGGGGACUGUGCCACGUGUUACUACUGCAUUUAAUCUUCCUAGUGAAAUGGGUGGAACCCCGUGCUCUAGAUGAAGAGGGUCAGAGUGGCCUGUGUUGCACAGCUGGAAAGCAGCAGAGGUGCUGACAGUCCAGAGCCACACUGCCAGUUGACUCUGGUCCAGUUCCCCCUGUUAGAGGGACAAAGGUGUGUCGAGGCCUCUGUGUCCUGCACUGUCCCAACCGUCUUUACUCAGCCAACACCCAAGUCCGGAAAAUAACAGACAAGCGGGCAAAAUGCUUGGGCAUAUUGACGGGGCCAGUCGGGGAGAGCAGCAGCUGGCCAGCAGUCCCUUCAGGAUGGCAUAAGCUUGCCUGGCAGGUCCCUUUUGCCAUAAGCUUGGCCUGGCAGGUCCCAAACAACUGGGCAGAGCCAACAGAGUGUGUCUUCCUUAUUGUGAAUGGGAGAAGGCAGCAGAGGACGGCACAGGGUUUCUUCAGUCUGGGAGAUAAGGUGAGACAAAGCAAGUGGACUCCAGGCUGUCAGUAUCCCAGGGCAUUGUAGAGGCCGUGGGAGAGCCAAAGAGAGCUCUGAAGUCAUGAGCUUACAGUGUCAGUGAUUUAGUCUCCACAAGACCCCACCCUCCACCGACCCAGGUCAGUGGCUGCUUGUAUGCCCCCAGCGAUGGCCUCUCACUCCUUCACAGCAGCCUGAGCCUUCUGUCCUGCCGCUACUGGAGGAUCCGUUUCAGCCCAAGCCCCUAGCUGUCAAUCACCUGGAGUGACAGGCGACACAGUAAGCCUGGAGUUGCCACAGUUGCCUUGGAGAAGUUAGUGGUAUGUCACUCCCCACCAAGUCUUUGGAGCAUGUACCUUUUACAACUUGGCAUUGCAAGCCAGGAAGUGUCCUGCCACCUGCUUUGGGAAGCAAGCCCUGGGUCUUUCUCUGCGUGCCCUUGCUAAGUACUGACAUGGCCUGGAAGCAGAGGCCAGGCCACACACUGAAACUUAUGUGCAGCCUGGGCUUCUGGGCCAACCCCCAAUCCAUCUUGGGAAGAAUUCCAUUUCUGGGUCUGCUUUCUCCUCUAGAGCUGCAACGGUGUGGAGGAGGGGCAUACUUGCACAGGUAUACCCAGGCCAGGGGCAAGUGUGGCAGGUAGCAUGGCCUUGGGCAAGUCACUAAACCUGGCUGGUCCUGGGCUCCAGCCGAUGGAAGCAGGUGGCCAGGUACUGGACUGCAUCUGCUUCUUGUUUUCCUCAUCAGCCCUCCAUUGGCCUCACCCCAUUUCCUCCUGGAACUCGUGCGUGAACAAUGAAGGGUGAGAGGGCCUUUAACACAGCCCCUUCCUCCCACACCUACCUGGGACACUCAGUUCCCUUCCCUCUUGGGACACCUCCCAUUCUGUCCCUGUCCUCGAUGGCCAUCACCAGAGCAGGUGAAGCCGUGUCCCCUCUCUAAAAGGAACAGCAGCUACAAUAUGGCCCAGCCCAUCUCCAAAUAACAUUCUGCACCCAGCACCUCUGACUGACACCCUCAGCCCCGUUCUCUGUGGAGCUGACCCAUAGUGCUCUGACCCAAGCAUGGCGGGAGGAAGGCUCCAAGUGGGCUCUGGGCUUUGUAUUGAGGUGACAUGGCUCCCUCACGACCUGGAAAGGUUUCUUUGGCCUCUCUCUUUUUGUUUGUGCUUGCCAUUCACCCUGGGGCUGAGGCUGGGGCUGAGGCUGGGGCCAGGGCAGUAGAAGCUGUCAGUGUUAUCCUGCAGACCUGUCAUGAAGUCUGCCAGCAUCCCACCAUUUCCAGUGGUAGAAAUCCGGUCAGUACGGGUGAGUAGUGGUUCUUUGCUGCGCUAGCGUACUUUGCUCACCAAGAAGCCACAAACCCCAGGGCAUCUCAUCAUCUGUAUCAGAGCCUCCGCUUUAGCGCCAUGAUGUCUAUGCCGUAUGCGAGCUGCUAUUUCUGUUCCCAAGGACUGCACUCAGCCUAACCCACUGUGCACACUAGGGAAUGACCUCCCUCCCCAGAGACACAAAGAGCCAAGGCAUCUGUCAUGUCCGGCAAGUCUGUCAUGUCUGGCUUGGGAUCCCUUCUCAGGUGUUUAGUGCUCAUCCAUGGUAUGGGACAUGGUGCAAAACAGGUCCUAAGGCUGCAGGGACCCACGCAGAGGUGCCUGGCCUGGCUGAGCUCAGCAGUGAGGUUCCUGCCACCAGUUGUUCCUCAGCACUGAUCGCUGCUCCUCGAACACAUGUGCACGCAUGCACGCAUGCAUGCUGCUGCUGCUGUUGCUGCAGAAGCGUGUAUUGAGUUCAGACUGGAGCAAGUGUGCCUGGCAGAGUGGAGCAGGGACUGUGACAUGUCUUUAAACCAUAUAUUUCCGUGUCCAGCCUGGCAGGAUUGAAGUGGUCUCUGGGAAUUACACUGUUGGCUAAGUGGAGCCUACUCUAGAGAGGCAACGCCCAAGCUAAGUUCUGCUUAUGAGCAUGGAGAGGCUACAGAGAGGCUUGUCUGAGGACACUGCCAUGCACCCAACACUCUGCUAUCCUACCCUUCCCCCAACACACACACACACACACACACACACACAGUCUCUUCCAUCACUCAGCAUGUAAAGGGCCCACUGCCUUCUGGGAGCUGGGAUCCAACUUCUCUUUUUCUCUAAGUGAUUCUGACCUGCACACCCCAUCUCCACUCAGUUCUGCUCCUUCCAGAUGAGAGGGGUGAGCCCCGUGGAUAAAAAGAAUAUUUAUUAGCUUGGGACCUAUUUAUUAGCCUCAGGCCUAACUUCAUUCUGUCCUGGCCUUUGCAGUGUGUAAGACCAGGACAGACAUGGAGCCACAGUCUGUAUAAAAGUGGCCAAGAAUGGGAGGCCUCUCUGCCUACCCUGUCCCCGACCUAGGGUGUAGUGUUACUGAACAGGCUUAGAGAGCAAAGACAGGUGAGUGCCACUGUGAAUGGCCACACAUGUGAGUCGCUGGAGACUAUGCCCAGGAGACAGGCUGAGGAAGCUUCCCCUCCCAUCCUGGCUCCUCCUGCUGGUGCUGGUGCCAGUGGCAGAAUGGGGGACAUUCCGUCCCCUGGCUGUCUCUCACAGCGUCUGUCCUGUGUUUGGCUGCUCCGGGGCUGGCAUCUCAGCCAGCCACCUAACAGAGUCAACAUUCAUGAGCAGCAGUCAGGGGCCCCAGCCGGCUGGGGCACUGCAGAAUGUGACCGUUAGGAGCGCCCCUGAGCGGCAUUUUCCACAUUCCUUGGGGUUCACCGGGCCAAUGCGGCCUUGGCCGUGUGUAAACAGGCCAAGGCUCUGCAGGACCUGGAUGUGGCCACUGGGCACCACAGGAGCGGGAGCAUGGAAUGCUGACUCCAUGGCUGGCCAGUCCAGGAGCCAGGCUGCUGGUCUGGUCCUUGAAGAAACAAGUCUUUUGGCUGAGGCUGGGUGCUAGCUGCGGUGGGCACCAUCACCAUCCAGUGCAGCCUACAAGGCAAAGGCCUCGCCUCCCCCACCUACCACUUACCACACAGCACCCACCACACAGCACCCACCACACAGCACCCUUUCAAAGUGUAAAAGUCCUAUGGGGUUUAGUACGCUCACAGAGCUGUGCACUCACAAUCUCAUUCUAGAACAUUCCACCACCUCCCCCACCUCUUCCCAGCAUCCUCUAAUCUCCUCUAUCUCUACCUCUAUGGAUUUGCUUAUUCUGGACAUUUCAUGUGCAUAUGCUCAUGCUCUGUGGCUUUCUGUGUCUGGCUUCUCUCACUGGAUGUCAUGCAUUCAGGGCUUGAGCAGCUGCCUUGGUCAGAGCUUUCGCCUCUGGCUGGCUGGACAGUGUCCUCCCCAACCCCCCCCCCAAGGGCUCUGUAUGCCUGUCACUGCAGUGAUAUGUGGUCGUUAUGCAUCCUGCUACUAUAGACAUAUAUGUCCAGGUGUUUCUGUGGGCAUAUGUCUUCAUUUCUCUCUGGUAAUUCCCAGCAGAGGUGCUGAGCCCGAAGAGCCACCCGAUCUUGUUUGCCACCAUGCCUUGGGCCAUGUCACAUCUCCACAGACAAGAAGGUCCCAUUCCUCAGGCAGUUGUUCAGAAGAAGACCACUGAGGGGCCCCAGAUACCCAGGCUCCACACAGGACCAUGAGUAUAGGCUUCCGUGAGCCCCGCCAGGGGGUGAGGAUGGCCAGGCAGCCCAUUACCUGGGCUCCUCCUCCAAUCACUACAUCCUCCUAGCAUCCGGGACGGCGGGGCCAUGCCAGGAGAGCGGCCCCCAACUUUGCCCAGAGACUUACAGCCCUGCCAAAUUGCCAGGAGUCUAGGAUGCCCCUCUCAGCACCCCCUCAAGGACCACGGCUCUGCCAGCAGGACCACCCAGGGCAUGAGAGAUGAUGGCAGCAAGGCCCAAGGUUCCCCGGAAGCCCAGCUGAGUCAGGCCAAAGAUGUGGAGCAAGAGGACCUGAUCCUGAGAGUGCAGGCCCCAGCAGCACGGAGCUAUGCACAUGUUUACCCAUGGCCGGCCAGCAGGAUGGAGAGCGGCCACCCCCAGCUCCACAGCCUGAGUCCUUCGAGGAUCAGAUGCAUCCUGGGUGAGCCGCUCAAGGAUCUGCGUCAUGAAGCCCCCCAGGUGUCAGAUACCAAGGUUCCUCAAGGCCAAAAGACCAGAGCCCGCCACAGGCCUGGCAUCCCAAGGGCCAAGGCCCUGCCCUCCCCAGAAGAGAAUAGCUCCCAAAGGUGCUUUCAGGAGGCCUCUUCCAGCUUUACCUCCACCAACUGUACCUCACCAAGUGCCACCCCCGGGUCCUUACCCCGGAGGGCCCCCCAGAGCGAUGGCACCAGCCCCCAUAGGCAUGCUUCUGGCACUAACCUCCAGGCCAUUGGGACCAACCCCUGGCCUCCUGCUGCUGAAAACAGCUUCCCAGGUGCUAAUUUUGGGGUCUCCUCUGCAGAGCCCAAGCCCUUCCCUGAUGGCAGCAGGCCUAGCAGCCCCCAGGGGGUCUCUGCCCCCUACCCCUUCCCUGUAGAGACAGUCCAGCAUGAGAGGGCAGCUGAGACAAUGUUGUUCACCUUCCACCAGCCCCUGGUAGCAUGGUCUGAGGAGGCCCUGGGUACAAACCCUGCCUACCCAUCCCUGCCUUGCAACCCGGGCCCGUCAGGGGGAGCCAGCGCUCCCAGUGAUCUCGGAGGUGCCCUCUCACCACCUGGUGCUGCUCGCUUGCUCCCGAGCCCCUUCCAUGAUAGUUUGCACAAAAGCCUGACCAAAGGCAUUCCUGAAGGGCCCCUUCCCGCUCGCGAUGGGCUGGGGAGCCCCAGAGGCCUCCCAAAUCCUCCACCCCAGAGGCACUUUCCAGGGCAGGGGUAUGAAGCGAAUGGGGUGGGUACCAGCCCAGCAUCGCUGGACACAGAACUGCCCACCCCUGGGCCACCACCCACCCAUCUGCCCCAGCUGUGGGAUACAACAGCAGCUCCUCCUUACCCCACGUCUACCCUGGACCCUGCAGCUGCUGCCAGGACUGCCUUCUUCGAAAGCCAGCAGCAGCUCUGCCUCCCCCACAGUCCCCCGCUGCCCUGGUCCCCGGUGCUUACCACCCCUGGGCCGAAUUCCCACCAAAUGGGGGUACUGAGCCAACUGACAUUCCCCAGGGGGUCUUCUGAGUGGCAGGGGGACAGCCCGGGAACCCUGGGUGCUUUGAAUACAAUCCCCAGGCCUGGAGAGUCAGCUCUCAGGAGCAGCCCAGGCCAGCCAAGCAGUUCCCCAAGGCUGCUAGCCUAUGGUGGGCUGAAGGACCCUGGGACACAGCCCCUGUUCUUUGGGGGAGCCCAACCCCAAAUGUCACCCCAGGGGGCCCUCAGCCUGCCCCCACCUAGGGUGGUGGGGGCUUCACCCAGUGAAUCUCCUCUUCCCUCACCUGCGACCAACACAGCCAGCAGCAGUACCUGUUCAUCUCUGUCACCGCCAUCCAGCAGCCCAGCCAACCCCAGCUCUGAAGACAGCCAGCAGCCUGGACCCCUCAGGUCCCCAGCCUUCUUCCUGCCUCCCACCCAUUCCCAGGAGACCAGCAGCCCCUUCCCUUCCCCAGAGCCCACAUACACCCUGCCCACACGCUAUCAAUCCGAGACAGCCAAAGCCUUCCCUCUCCCCACAGAGGGACCAGGGGCUGAGGAUGCCUUCAAGAGCCAGGAGGGAGCCCCAUUCUCCCACAAGAGCCCCUCACUGGGCAGAGACGGGUUGAAGGGCUUUCCUCCAGAGCCACCACCUCCACCGCCACCGCCACCUUACUCAGCCCAGCACUUCUCCCUGAGCAGCGCCAGCCUGGACCAGCUGGAUGUCCUACUGACCUGCAGACAGUGCGAUCGAAACUAUAGCAGCCUCGCGGCCUUCCUGGAACACAGGCCACUCUGCAGCCUCCUGUUAACCAAGACCAAGGAUGGCUCUCUGCAGCCCCCAGGGCUCCCCACACCCACCACCACCUCAAAGGCACCCACCGAUGCACACUCGGCCUUGCUUGAACACAACCAGACUGUCCCCUUCCUGCUAACCAGAGAUGACCCAGCUGUCACCUCCUUCCCACUCCCCACCUCGGACCUUGAUAUGGAAGAUGACGCUAAGCUGGACAGGCUCAUCACCGAGGCUCUCAACGGCAUGGAGUACCAAUCAGAUAAUCCUGAGAUAGACAGCAGCUUCAUUGAUGUCUUUGCUGAUGAGGAGCCUUCAGGCUCCAGGGGGCCCAGCACUGGGCAUCCCCUCAACAAUCAGGUGGGAUCAAUUUCCAAGAAUGGUACCCAGCCCCAGCUCCCAUCCAAAGCUGCUGUGCCAGAACCCCAAGCCCCCUGCACUGGAAACAGGAGCCACCCAGCCCGAAACAGGCCCAAAACCCGUUCCCUGGGCCUUGCAUCUGUACAGGCAGAUGCGACCACCCUGGUCAGGCAGCAGAGGAGAGGGAAGCAAUUCAAGUUGUUUCGGAAAGAGCCCGGUAUGGCCAAGGGUACUAACAGUCAGGCCAAAGCCAUCUGCCUGAGGCCAAGAAAGAAGGGUCACAGUGCAGAGCAUCCCCGGCCCCAGGCUCGCAAAAGUCAGACUCGCAAGGGCCACGCUCGUGCAGAUCACAGCAUCUCCAGAGCCACCUCCAAAGAGACGAGGAGCUCCAAGCACCUGCAGCUGCCCUCUGGGAAGGACUCCAGGAAGAGGAGGGGGCGGGGCGGCUCCUGGAGCAAGGAACUCAUCCACAAGAUAGUGCGGCAGAAAAACAGGCGCCACGGGCAGCAGGCACCACGGAACCAAGUCUCCCAUGUCCCCCCGCUGCCUGGAAGACCACCUAGCACCCAGGAGGGCAGGCUCAGCGGGCAAGGCUGUGCCUCUGAAUCUGAGGAAGAGGCUGGUAUGCAGCAGCGGCGGGAUUUGGGGGGUCCUGCCCAAGGCUGUUCCCCCCACAGCCGCCAACGGUGGCGCCAGGGCAAGAAGAGGAAGAAAGAAGAUUUGACCCAGAACCCAAGGAAGGUCAUGCGGCAGGAGGCUGGUGAAAAUGGGGGCUCUCCCACUCCAAGGACUCAAAGCCUGUUGCCGAGUUCGGAAGCUGGAGAAGUCUCUGUGGAAAGAGGACUUGAGCAUCGUGGCCAUCCCAUAAUAGCCCCAAAACAUCCUCCCCGGGUCCUCGCCACCACCAAGACCCAGGAGAAAAACCAUGCAGCCCUGGACUUCCCCCAGGAGGGCGAGAAGCCUGAAGUUGCUGCUGAUACCACUGAGCUCAGAGAGAGACCCAGUUCUCCAGCUCACUGUGGUGGGGAAAGCCCCAGACCCGCUGCUCCAGUGCCAGCACGGGCUGGCAGUCCAUCAGGGAGCCACCCUGAAACACUAUCGGGAAACAGCGUGCCAGUACCAGAUGCAGGCUGUCUUCUGGGCACUUCUGGAUGCAUGAAGCCCCCGACUUUGCAUACCAGAGAGGACUCUGCCUCCCAGCCUGGAAGGUGCCUGGUACCCAUCGAUAAGCUGGCAGACAUGUUCUACACUGAAUCCAGCCUCCCGGUUUUCAAGAACUCGAGUCCUGGUUGUGACCCUGACCACUGUGACAGGCGCUCUCUAGAGUGUCCAGCUGCCAAAAGAGGAUCCCUGCCUAACAGUGACACCUGUGAAUUGUUCCUUGGAUCCAAGGACCUAGCCUACUGUUUCCCUGACGAUCUGUACACCAAGCCUUUAGCUAUGGACCCGUUGCCUGCCCGAAGCUGCUACCUUAGCCAGGACAGUAUGGAGACCCUUGAGUCAACACCAUCCAAGAGUCCACCCUACCCAGUUGAAACAGACCCAGGGAAGGUGCAUUCGCCACUGACCUUAGAGUCCACAUCCCUGUUUGCAGGGCUGCCUGAGGACGGAUUUGACCCACCACUCUAUGACAACUUGUCAGCAAACAGGGUCACCCACGGACCACUGGCAGGUCCUGACCCUCUCCCUAAGAAACCUCUGGCAGAUCCUCUGUACCCGCCAUUCUUGCUGCUGGAGGAAAUUUCUCCGGUGCUGCCUGGCUCCUUUCCUGGUCUCUCCAAGGGAAAGACAGUCAGCAAGCAGUGUCCCUCGGAACAGACGGUGCCUCCCCGCCCUCCCGCUGUGCCUGAAAAGGGAAGUGAAUGUAGCAAUCUGUGUGAGGACGAACUGGAGAUCAAAAGAUUGGUGACUGAAUUAGAAAGCCAACUGCAGGGGGAAGGGAGCACAGUGGGCACCUCGGGAGAACCGGAGGAAGCUACACAGGAAGGCAAGAUGGACACAAGCCCAAAGCAGGCCUCCCUUCUACCCACAAAUCCAGCCACCUCAGCCCAGAGGGAGCCAGCAGAAGACAUUACAGGUCUUGAGGGAUCAAGUUCACAUCAGGAAAGGGCCCUGAAGAACCCCCAGAAACAGUGGCCCUACCCAGCUUCCUGCCACACAGAAAAAGCAGCACCUCCCUGUGGUAUCCAGGAGAACCCAGGAUGCGGGGCUCCCCUCAGCCUGGAAGGAUUCACACUCGGUCUUCAGAGAACUCGGGAGACCAUUAUCCCCGACGCAGACAGUCAGAUCCCCCUAAGUGACCGCCUGCCUGACUCCAGCAACCAACAGGUGGCCUUGCUGCAUGCUGGGAGUUUAGCCAAGGACAGCCCGAAGCAUGGGCUUUUGUUUCCUAAAAAUAAUGAAGCCCCUGGGACCCAGAACUCGAAUGCCCCACCGCUGCUUCCUGGUAAACACACAAGAGGACAUUCUCUAGACCCAUUCUGUGAGGCCCAGGAGCCCUGCCCAACUUCCCCUGCACUGGAAGGAUUCAACAGCCCCAGUGCCCACCCGGCCCUAGAACCCAACUUGAUACUUAAGGGUGAUGAGGAAGUCACCUCCCUUCCAAGUGCCAGUCUCAGCCAUGGCUCUAAGGGUCACUCUGAAGACCAGGCAGGGAGUUCUAUAGGAGCUGUGCUUAACAAGCCUAUUGCCAAGGACCUGGACUUUAAGGGGGCGUCUGCACCUGCAGGGACCUCUCCACAAUCCACCCUUCAAAGUGGUGGUAGGGCUUGGUCUCAUCCCGUGCCAGAUCCUCCCUGGGAGCCCAGUGCCAGCAUUGGACAGAGGCGCCAGGACCCAGCCUGCUGUUCCUUUCCUCUGCGUCAGGUCCUGGAUGCUACAGCCAAGAGCAGAGAGAACGCCCAGGGCCUUCAGUCUGGGGACCCCUCAGUGACAGGAGGGGCCCGUAUGAAAGAGGACUCCUCAAGGGCUGUAAACGUGUCAGCUCUUCCUGCAAACAUCCAGAAGCAGCUGAGGUCCAAGGCAGAUGGACGUCUUGGCUCGCCUAGUCAACCUGAAAAGAUCAAGGGCCAGGGUCAAGCCAACAGACUCCAGCCAAAAAGCUGGAGGAGCCUGGAGGACCCAGAUGCACUCAACAAGGUCAGUGCCCAUUUGGAAGCUAGGCCGGCCAGGGGCAGAAGGCCACGCCAGGGGAACAGAGCAGCCCGGGGCCUUAGGAGACAAGCACUGUUCUCCACCAGCCCCACCGACCCUGAUAGCACAUCCUUGCUUCCAAUCCAGAAGGCUUGCCCUCUCCAGAAGGAGCCUGCAGAGAGAAGCCCAGAGAAGGCCGCCAGCCCACAGCCAUUGUUUAGCCAGGAGAAUCCCGCUCCCUCCAAUAGAGACCUGGCCGCAUGUGUCUUCUCCACCAGGCCUCAAGCCACACCUACUCCCAGUGACCUUGAGCCGAUGCCCCAGGAAGACCCUGAGACCAGAGUCAAGCCUAGUAAGCCACUAGCACCUUCCUCCUACAGAGACCUACCCAGCCCCGAUGAUCAGCCAACCUGUCCUGUCUUGGUACCUCUGGGUGCCAGUUAUGGCCUAACCACCAAAGAGGCUGAACCCCCAGCAUCCCCUACACUAUUGGUGACAAGCUGCUGUGGCCCUGAAGAGCCUUUAUCCCAGCACUCUCUGCUGGGGACCAGCAGUCCCAAGGACCCUCCCGUAGGCUCACUUGGCUCCAUCAGUUUCUCGGCCCCUGUAUUACUAGAGAGGAACAGCCCCAAGGGCAUCGCAGUAAGAACAUUAGAAGAUUCUGGAAAAGAGGAGCUGAGGCUAUCUCCUGCCCAUUCCUCCGCUCCUCCCCUAGGGGAUCCCAGCUCCCCUAAAAUGACCAUCGAAGCUGCCCCUCUGACCAGCAUUGCCCCCAAAGAUGGCCUAGAUUCAGGUGAGACACUUGAGGUGCCAGCCCCCCACUGCAUGGGAGCCCCAUCCCUCAGCAACCCAGAAAGGACAUACUCCAAGGGCCCUUCCUUAGGGCCUGUGAGCAGCACUCCUUGCCCUGGCCACGGGGAAGGCCGCGGCAUUAUAGCUGUGCCCACAGACCUUGCCACACUGGAGACUACAGGGCCAGACUCUCAAAUCUGCCAAGAAGAUGGGGCAGACGUCAGCAUCAAGGAACAGGACAACCCAGAAACACCUGGGACAAGACACUGCAAUGUGACAAAGGUAGCCAGAGCCAAUGCCCGAGGCAUGCCCACAGGGCUCCACUUGACCCUAGAAACUCCUCUGAGCGGCACAUCCAGCGACUCCAGGUCUGACUCUCCUCAGUACCACAUCAGUAUCUCCCAUCGCCCUCCCCAGAAGAACUUCUCCGACCCCCAAGACCAUAAACGGAGGCCCCGUGGACUGAACAAAAAGCCAGAGCAUGCAGAGCAGACCCCAGCUGAGCUACCCGAGACCUGCCAGCUCUGCUCAGCCUCCUUCCGCUCCAAAGCGGGCUUAAGCCGGCACAAAGCCAGGAAGCACCGGCCACAAAGGGAACCUAGAUCCCUGCUGAGCCCCAUGCCUGUGCCUGCUUGCCAGCCUUCAGAUCCCAUGACCAAAGCAUGCCAGACUCCUGGGAAGAAAAGCCACAAGGUGUCUGAGAAGGGAAGACCGAGUCGCCCGGCCCUGGGGGCUGGCCGCUCUUCUGGACCACCUCCCCUCCAGGACACCAUGGGUCCUGAGAUACUAAAAAGGACUAGUGAGAAAUCUGAGGGAGCUGGGACACUAGACACUCCCCUCAGCCAGCACCCACCCACCCUAGGCCUCAGUGAGCAAGGAGAGAGUGCAGAGGUUCCUGCCUCAAAACCAAGGAGAGCAGACAGAUGGGGAACAAACCAGCUCCAUCCUGACCAGACAGAAGUGAGGGGCAAGAGGCAAGGUGGACAGCCUGCCGAUUCCCCCAGCCACCCAGAGAGGAAACCUAACAGGAAAGGGGUAAAGCUGAGGGCAAGGAGGCAGAAGCAUGGUCCCGGAGGCACUACCCACGUGACUUCAGACCUACCAACCGCCUGUGGCCAUCCUCUCAUCCCCCUGAGCCUCUCGCCUGAGGGAGGAUGCAGGCCAGCUGUCAGGCCUCCACCUCCAUCCUCCACAGGAGGACCCAGAGCACUGGAAGAUGCUGAAGACGUUGGUCCAGGGGCCCUGUGUACAGAGGAGGUACCAGCACAGAAGGCCCCCCAAGAGCAUCCGGUCUGUCAAGGGACGAUAGAGAAGGAGCAUCCGGUGGAACAGAAGGCCACCUGGACACAGUGGUUCUGGGGACCAGAAGAGGCCACGGCAUCGGACAUUAGUGGAGAACCUUCACGGGCUAUUGAGAGCCAGCCUACAGAGGACCACACAGGAGUCAAAGGCAGGUCCGAUGAGGGCACUGGGAAAGGGACACCUGACUUACCUGACAGGACACACAGUUCUGAAGUGGACAACACCAUCAGUAGCUACCCCCAGGGACCUAUCAAAGACCCGGAAACCCAGAAUGAAGUCCACGGGUCGGAUGGCGCCCCCAGCCCAGAGCAAAGGGACCCUCCAGACUUGUUCGAUGAUGACAUCUCCUUCUCUCGGCUCUUCCCCCUGGAUGGCCGCCUCACUCAGAAGAACCUACGAGUCUAUGGGAAGCGCUGCCAAAGGCCAAAGUGCCCAUCACCGAAGGAGCCCAUCGCUGAGGUGAUAAACAGUGUCUCACUCGGCUCCACGCGCCUGCCUACCGAUCUCAGUGACUCGGGCUCUCUCUGCCUGUCCCGAGAGGAAGAGGAUGUGUGGGAUGAUGAAGUCAUGAGUUUGCCCGAGUCCCUCCUCCUCGAUGGCCUUCUAAGCAAUAAGACACCUGGCCUUGACCCAUGGACCCCCAGCCUCAGCCUGUGGGCCCUGGAAUCCGACAGGCAAACCAGCUGCGUGGAGGAGAAGCCUUCCUGCUUGAUGGAGAACCAAGAUGAAUGGUCAGAGCCCAUCCCGCAGCUGCACAUGGUCCCAGCAGCCUGGCGGGACCUGGAACACUGUAGCCCAGCCUGUGAGACAGCCUCUUCUGUUGGAGACAUGAGCCCGGAACCCCCUAACCUAGAAAGGGAACAUGACAACAGGCCUCCUGGAAAUGCCAGCCUGCCCCCACUUUACGUUAAGGACUUUGAGGCUCUCAGCACCCAGCUGGAGAUACAAGACCUGUGCUUUCUGAGACCCUGUAGUGACCUUGUUGAACUCUCUAACCCAGGCGCCCUAGACUUCCAGGUCACAGCAAAUUCACAAGGCCCUCCAGACAAAAGAAUGGAGGGAACUGCCCGGGCCAGACGAGCCAAAGGCAGAGACCUGCGGGUGAAGGGCAAGAGGGCCUCCUACAAGUGCAGGGUGUGCUUCCAGCGGUUCCAUAGCCUGGGCGAGCUGGAUCUCCAUAAGCUGUCGCACAGCCCCUCGCCGCCCCCAACUUGCUACCUGUGCGUGGAGCGCAGAUUCAGUUCCCGGGAGCUUCUACGGGAGCACUUGUGGGAGAAGCACGUGCAGGGCAAAGCAGGGCCGUGGGCCUGUGGCAUGUGCCUGAAGGAGGUGGCUGAUGUCUGGAUGUACAACCAGCACCUUCGGGAGCACGCAGCCCGCUUUGCCCGAAAUGGCCAGGCGCGGCGAGCCUUAGGAGACCUGCCCGGGUGCUUGGAAGGGGAAAGCGCCCUCACGCACUUCCUGAACACCAUUGUGGAGCGAGCAUCCAAACCCCAGAGGACCAAGCGCUCGAUCGGCAAAGACAGUAGGGAGCCAUCAGAGCAGGAAGGAGACGCUGGAAAGAAAACCCCAAGAAGGAUGAAGCGCAAGGCACGUGCCUCGGUCACCCCCAGCCAAGAUGGCGCCGAAGGAGGCAGCCUAUCCGUUCUGACCAGCAGUUCUGCCACCUGCUCUGACUCUGCCAAGACGCCCCCCGCCCCGUCCCCAGACCCUUGGUCCCACGGCGAGUCCCCGCUCCAAGCUGUACCAGUGCACGAGGACUGCAAGGACCCCUCCCGUGACUGCCACCACUGUGGGAAGCAGUUCCCCAAGCCCUUCAAGCUGCAGCGCCACCUGGCGGUGCACAGCCCACAGCGCGUCUACCUGUGUCCCCGGUGCCCGCAGGUCUACCCUGAGCCCUGGGAGCUGAAGGUACACCUGGGCCUGACCCACGGGGUGACAGAGGAGAAGGAGCUCCCACACGUGCCUCUCUAUGCCUGUGAGCUCUGCGCCAAUGUCAUGCACGUCAUCAGGAGGUCCUUUGUCUGCAGCUCCUGCAACUACACCUUUGCAAAGAAGGAGCAAUUCGACAGGCACAUGGGCAAGCACCUGAGUUGCGACCUGCAGCCCUUCACACUCCGGAGUGUUAAGCGGCCAGGGGUUCCUAGGAGGAAGACCCGUGUCUCCCAGGAUGUGCUACCCAGCAAGCAGAACAGGCUGAUGGCGCCCUUCAGUCCCCCUGAGCUCAGCACUGACAGAAUCCCCUCCACAACCAGCCCUACACCAAGUGAGGUGUCCCUUCCUGCACUGCCCCUAGCGCCUAGCCUCAUCCUGGACCAGCCCAGUUCUCAAGAGAACCCUGUGGACCAGGCAGACCACUCACCCAGGGGGAACAACCUACCACUGAGUGGCCAGGAUCUUCCACCUCCGUCUCUGUCUCCUUUCUCAGCUGCCUCAGCUGAAGGUACAGGCGGCUGCUGCAAGCUGAACAGAACCCUGGAGAAACCAGAACACGAGGCUUCCUUGGGAAGCCUUGAGCCAUGUAAAUGGCAGGCUCUGGUAGGGGAAAAGAGGGCCCUUCACCUGUUCCCAGGAAAACACAAGAGUCCAGGCAACGGAGACAAGUGUGCCCCUGGGUGUUCCCCAGGGCACCCCUCUCAGCUCCAGGAGAGGCUAGUGACCACACACCACAUGGCACCUGAGGGGAGAAUAGAGGGUCCCUCCCAGAAGGGCAAUGCCACCAAACCAGGAGCCUACUCAAGUACCUCCCAUCACAGAGCAGCAGAGCCCACCAAAAAAGCACUGAAGCCACCAGCACCACCCCGAAAACCAGGAGGGAUGGGGAUCCCAGCCGCAGAGCUGGUCUUGAGUCCUGAGGACAGGGUAAAGCCCAACACUUCUAAAGGUAAACUGCGAGGCACCCCUCAGAGCAGUGGAGGGCUCCAGCCUGGCACUCAGACAGGGGGUGGCAGCCAGCCCCAGCCAACCAGUGGGCAGCUCCAAAGUGAGAUGGCCUCCACCCCUACUGAGCCCAGCUGUCCUAGCUGGGCGAGCUCCACCCCGGACCAGCCCCCACCUCGAGCCCACACCAAGGGUAGCACCAGAGGGCCUGGGGACGCUGUUCAUCAGGGGGUCCAAGUGCAUUCAAGUCCCAGGGAGAAAAGAGAAAGCCAUGGAAGACAAAGGAAGGGCCAGGCCCUGGGACUGGGCAGACAUGGAAGCGUGGGAAACACUGGGAAAGCCCCCUUGGCCCCCGACAAGUCAUCCAGGGCCCCCCGAAAGCAAGCAACUCCCAGCCGAGUUCCCCCUGUCAAGUCGAGACCCAGUGGCCAGAGCAGCAGGGCAAGGCCACAGCCAUCAGCACAGCGGAAAGGGGAUCCAGGCCACACUUCAGAAAAGGGCUCUUUGCCCCAGGCAAGAGCCCUGUCCAGGCCCUACAAAAGGGUCAGAGCUCUCCAUGUCAGUGGUGUUGCGCCUAUGGAGCCCCGAGACCGCCGGACUGCAGAAGCCCAGAGCGACCUCCUCAGUCAGCUGUUUGGGCAGAAGCUGACCAGCUUCAGAAUCCCUCUGAAGAAGGACAGUUCCCAGUGACCCAAAAGAGAGGAUGCGUGGGUGCCCGGCUGAUGGGCUUCUGUCUGGCCUCCAGCAUUGGAGACAGCUCCCUGGUAGACCCACUGCCUGUUUCUCUGCACCUGAGUUUCCAGAUUCGAGGCCUGAGAACAGGGCUUUGGCUGGAAGGCUGGGAAGGACCGGUCUCUACCGCCCAGGGAUCACCUGCUUCCCUAGUGUCAAGUACUUGAAGAGAGCAGGUUGCAUCCCAUCACCGCCACCACACCCUGUUGGCCAGGUGUCUCGUGCUGUAAAGCUUGUGUUUGAGGGUUUGCACAGGGUUCCCCGUCUCUUAGCAGGGAAGCACACAGUGGCAGCUGCCUUUUCUGCUGCCAUUGUUAAAAUUCCAAAGUGUCAUGGGAGAGGGCCAUGCUGUCUACUUGGGCCAUUUCUGAGCCACCUGGUCUUUGACAGCAUGACAGGACCACCCUCCCCCACCCGCAACCACAAAAUCGCGCUGGCCUCCAGCUGCACUGCUGAUCUCUGCAGCACCUUGUCCCCACCCCACCCCACCCCCCACCCCUGGAACUGGGUUCCUAUAGGGAAUGCAAGAAGGCCCUUCAUGGCCAGCAUCCUGUGGGUCCCUCAGCCCUACGGCCCCUUCCUAGUGCCUUCUUUCCCCAUGGGGCUCCAACUCUAGGUCCCAGAAAGCCUGGUCCAAAGGCUCUGGUGCUACUCCCGUGCUGUAAUGUGAAUACAGGCUCCCUGGUCUUCUUUGAACCACGGGAUGAUUAGAGUGGGGAGACCUAGCCAGAGAGGCUGCAGCCCAGGACUCAAGAGAGAGCCUCAUCCACCGGUCUCCCCAGUUGAGCUCCAGCCCAGGGUCCCAGCAGUGAAGGGACCCCCCAGGCUGGGCUGUGGGUCUGGUCUGUGCACUGGCACAAGCCUGCCAACUGCACACCUGCCUGAUAUAGCGUUGUGUAUCAAAGUGGGCAGAGGGAGAGGUUUCCCAUUCCUCCUAGGAGUCUUAGAGAUUCCUGCCUUACUUUGUUGUGUAGUUUGUUGGCUUUUUGGGGUUUUCUUGUUUUUUGUAUUUUUGUUCUUGUUUUUGUUUUUUAGCUUUGGUGCAAUGUGAGUGUCAAAAGGUUUUAUUUUGACAUUUUAAACAAGACCAAAUCAGGCCCAAACUGCCUCCAUAGAAGGUGCUGGGGUCUUUCAGAAUGCCUCCUUCCAAUGGAUAAAGACGUGGGCAGCCCCCCCCCCAGGUUGUACUGUAAAAGCUACAGCUAAUUUGUCUUUUCAAAUAUAUUCCCACUAUUUUCGCAGAA